AACCACUAGUCAGUAGGUACCUAACCGUCAUACUGAGAGGAUUGUGUGCCUUGUGUGAUCCUAUAGUCCGCUCCGCCGCCUCCGUCAGCGCGAGUGUUCGGCAGGAUAACUGUUAAAGAGUAUUAGUGUGAGAGAGGAGGAGGCUGCUGCAGGGAUGCGGUGGACGGCGCGAGUGGUGCUCUGGGCUCUGUUACUCUCCAUGACGGCAGGAGUGAGCCGAGGAUGUCACACGCACGAGAAGCUUGAAGAUGAGUGGGAAGAGGAGGAGCAGCAGGAGGGAGGCAGGAAGAAGAGGGUGGUUCGUGAAGUCACACUCAGCGAGAGAUCCUUCUGUGGGGAUGACAUCGAUGUUGAUAACAGUCCACUCACCCGCGUCAACACCACAGAUAGAGUGGCUCAACUGCGUAUUCAGAUGAUGAAGUCCGGGUUUGAUGCCUAUAUCAUUCCCGAUGAUGAGCACCAGAGUGAAUACGUAGCACCAGCAGACAAGCGCCGCCAGUACAUAAGUGGAUUUUCUGGCAGUGCUGGCACAGCGGUGGUGACCAGGGACCAUCAAGCACUCUGGACUGAUGGACGGUACUUCCUGCAGGCAGAUCUCCAACUAGACUGCCACUGGCUGCUCAUGAAGCAGAAAAAUGCUGGGGUGCCCAAGAUGGUAGAUUGGUUGCGUCAGAAGCUGGUGCCUGGGUCCAAGGUGGGUGCUGACCCUCGACUAAUUGGGGCCAAAACCUGGAUUUCCUACGCUGAAGACUUGGCCAAGUCAGACAUAGAGCUAAUAGGAGAGGAGACCAACCUGGUAGACCUUGUGUGGCCCUUAGAGGAGCGGCCGCCCUACUCUGAAGACCCAAUCUUUAUCCAUGAGCUCCAGUAUGCUGGUAAAAGAUGGGAGGAAAAGAUAGCAGAUGUACGAACAGAGAUGGUGAAGGAAGGUGCUGACUUAAUGGUAAUAACUGCACUUGAUGAGAUAGCCUGGCUGCUCAAUCUCCGUGGCAAUGAUGUACCUUACAAUCCAGUGUUCCGAAGCUAUGUGAUCCUGGGGCGGGACAGUGUAGACUUGUACAUCCCCAAGGAAAAGAUUACUCCAGCAGUGGAUAACCACCUUCAUGUCAACCAGUGUGGCGGCCAGGAAUGUGUCACCAUUAACGAGUACACAGCCGUGCUGAACCGGUUGCGGGCCCUUAAAGUACACAACAGUGUCAAGAAAGUUUUGUUGGGAGCCAAGUAUUCGUACUCUGGUGGGGCCUCUUACGCUGUCUAUUCUGCUGUACCUGAGGAAAUGCGAUCAUUGGUCACGUCUCCGGUGCUGCUGAUGAAGGCUCGCAAGAACAUGGUAGAAGUGAAAGGCAUGAAGAAUGCUCACAUCAAGGAUGCUGUUGCCCUCUGUGAUUUCUUGGCAUUUUUGGAGUAUGAGGUCAUUGAUGGCAAGUACUGGAGUGAAAUCUCAGCAUCCGAGCAGCUGAGAGAAUACCGAUCCCAGCAGGAUGAUUUCAUGGGCAACUCUUUUGUCACAAUUAGCGCAUUUGGUUCCAAUGGAGCUGUGAUGCACUACCAGCCCAUGCAGGAAACCAACAAACAAAUCACUAACACGUCUCUCUACCUUCUUGACUCGGGUGGUCAAUACAAGGAUGGGACAACGGAUGUGACACGAACAAUGCACUAUGGAGAUCCAACACCCUUCCAGAUAGAGGCCUAUACCAGAGUGUUGAUGGGUGCUAUCGAUCUGGCCAUGCUAAUCUUCCCCGAAGGCACGGGAGAUACCGACGUUGACAUCAUGGCUCGCAGGCAUCUCUAUGAGGUUGGUCUGGACUAUCGUCAUGGCACUGGUCAUGGCAUUGGCAUGUUCCUUAACAUUCAUGAAGCACCCAUACAGGUCAGAAUAUAUGGCAGCGAAGAACACAAAUUUGAAGUUGGACAUUUCUUCUCAGAUGAGCCAGGCUUCUACCAGGACAAUGACUUUGGAAUACGUCUGGAAAGUAUACUCACCGUGGUUCCUCAAGCAACACCGUAUCAUUUUGACAAACAAUCACUACGAUUUGAACCUGUCACAUUGGUCCCCUUCGAACCUAACCUCAUCAACGUUUCUAUGCUGACCAGCAAGCAGUGUCACUGGAUCAACACGUACCAUGUCCGUGUGCGUGAUGUAAUUGGCAUGGAGCUGAUGAAUCAGGGUCGCUCGCGUGGCUAUGAUUGGCUGCUCACCAAGACGGAGCCCAUCCCCUGCCUCGACUACCACAACAGUGGCUCUCCAGAGGUGGUAGCACUACCAGCACCUGCCACUGACCACACCCAUGAGCAUGUUCCCAAGGAGACGCAACUCAACCAACGAACAUUCUGCAAGAAGGAAGACCAGCAACCUGAUACACGGGUCGACACCUCUGCCCAGGUGACAAAGUUGCGACAAGAGAUGGGGAGUCAUCGUCUGGAUGCCUACAUCAUUCCCAUGUCAGGAGAACAACAUGGCAUUCAAACACCAGCAGAGCAGCGCCUACAUUAUAUGACUGGUUUUACGGGAAGUUCUGGUGAGGCAGUGGUGACGGCAGAUGAGCAAGCACUGUGGACAGACGGACGUUACUUCCUUCAGGCGGAUAAUGAGCUGGGAUGUGAUUGGUUACUCAUGAAGGAGAGGAUUGAUGGUGUCCCAACAAUAACAGAAUGGCUGAGUCAAAAGCUGUCUGGCGGAGCCAAAGUGGGCGCCGACCCUAGACUCAUUGCUGCAGAUACUUGGAAAACUUAUGCAAAGGAACUUAAGAAGUCAGGCAUCGAGCUGGUAGCAGAGGAGACCAAUUUGAUUGAUUUAAUAUGGCCCUCUGAUGAACGACCAAUCUUCCCUGCUGAUCCAAUCUAUAUACAUGAGCUCCAUUUUGCAGGCAAGAAGUGGGAAGAGAAAGUUUCGGAAGUACGGAAAGAGAUGGUGGAACAAAGUGCCGACAUGUUGGUGAUUACCGCCCCAGAUGAGGUGGCUUGGCUCCUCAACCUACGAGGCAAUGAUGAUUCCAGCACACCAGUAUUCAGGGCAUAUGUGAUAAUCGGAAGGAACAAUGUAGAACUGUUCGUGCCCCAAGGCAAGAUCACCCCAGCUGUUGAUAAUCAUCUCAAUGUAAACCAGUGUGGGGAGCAAGAAUGCGUGAUCAUUACUGAGUACUCGGCCAUCUUGAACCGCCUUCGGGCCCUCAUACUCAAAAAUGGCAUCACUAAGGUCAUGCUUGAUUCUAAGUACUCCUACUCUGGUGGUGCUUCCUAUGCCAUCUACUCUGCGGUGCCAGAAGAAAAACGGUUAAUGGUCAUUUCUCCAGUGUUACUGAUGAAGGCACGAAAGAACCCCAUAGAAGUACUGGGUAUGAGGAACUCCCACAUCAGGGAUGCUGUUGCUGUUUGUGACUACCUUACCUUCAUGGAGAAGGAGAUAACACUGGGGAACUCAUGGAAUGAGAUGGAAGGAGCUGACAAGCUGCUGGAAUUCCGCAGUCAGCAGGAGCACUUUGUGAGCAUUUCCUUCCCCACCAUUAGUGCUUUUGGGCCCAAUGGUGCCAUUAUUCAUUACCGACCCCAACCAAACAGCAGCCUAGAGAUUACCACUGAGUCUCUCUACCUGGUGGACAGUGGUGGGCAGUACAAGGACGGGACAACGGAUGUUACACGAACAAUGCACUACGGGGAGCCAACACCCUUCCAGGUGGAGGCUUAUACCAGGGUGUUGACAGGUGUAAUUGACCUGGCCAUGCUUGUCUUCCCUGAAGGCACAGGAGAUACUGACAUAGACAUUCUUGCUCGCAGGUGUGUACUUGAUUACCUAAUUAUUUACCUAUUUGUGAAUGCUCAUUUGUAUAGUAAUUACAGAAGUAGAGCUAGUGGUGUUGGUGGUUUAUUUGUCAGGAAAUGCCUGUAAUGCUUUGCAUA